GACUGUGACCUUCUCCCUCAUCAUACUAGGAGUCACUUCCCCGCGGCACGCAACUCUCACACAAAGCAUUCAUGAAUCGAGGACAAGGGCGUCGCAGCCGGCGGGCCUUGGAGGCGGAUCAACGCAUAGCGAUGGGCCUCGCUAUCGAGGAAGUGCGGGCACUGGAUAUCUUCCAGGGAGAUAGAGCGCUUGCUCUACGACUGCAAGAUGAAGAAGUCAGGGCAUUCGGCGACGGUCUCGUUCGACCCCAGGUGGGUCAUGAACGGAUCGCGGCAGAGCAUCGGCCUAUGAACCUUCGUCCGCAACGUCGAAUGCCUCCCGUAUUGCCGCGAAAUCGCCCGAGGAUAGAUCUUGGACGAAUGAUCAGGAGACUCGACGUUCUCGGGGUUGCGAGGCGGAUGCUAUCCCGAGUUAAAGUAGGCACCCCAUCGAGACGCGUUUUGCUCAAUGCAACCGCUUCUCCUGUAAUCAGGGUUCGUGACAGCGUAUCGCAUCGCUUGUCUAGACACGAAUGCAUCACUUGCAUGGAGCGAAUACAGGGAGUGGCAAUCCGCGCUCCGUGCGGCCAUUACUACGAUACGGGGUGCAUGGCCCUGUUGCUCGAUGCCGCUAUCAGGGACGAAUCCCUCUUCCCGCCGAAGUGUUGCCAGAGACUCAUUCCCCUCGCUUCCGUCUUGGGGCAUCUUUCCGCCGAGCAGCGGCUGACUUUUGAGGCGAAGCGCGAGGAAUUCAGCGUUCAGAAUCGCGUGUACUGCGCCAAACCCACCUGCAGCCGUUUCCUAGGCGCGCAGCAGGACCGUGGCCGUAGAAGUCAUGCAUCUCGCAGGUGUCCCGUACCAGGAUGUGGUACGGCUACAUGCCUUCGGUGCAGGAACGAGAUCAAGGCCGGAUCUAAGCACUACUGCAGCGAAAACGACUUGGAUCAGAGCGCGAUCGCGCUGGCCAAGGAUCGCGGAUGGGCGCGAUGUCCUGGUUGCUCGAAUAUGGUCGAGUUGAGUCUUGGGUGCUAUCACAUGACGUGCCGCUGCAAAACCGAGUUCUGCUACCACUGCGGAGCGCGGUGGAAAACAUGCGAUUGCCCCCAAUUCGAGGAGCGCGAGCUUGUUACGCCCCCACCAGCCCCCGCCCGGCUGCGUGGGGAACAUCGCAUGCCCAUUCGUCCACCAACGCCACCCCGGAUGCUGCUUGUGCCUGUACCGGAGUUCUUCACUCCUGAGCAAAUACGUCGAGAGCGCACAUUGCCCUUAAUCCCCGAACCCCCUAGAGCAACUAGGGCAACCCGCGUUCACGAGGACCCCACCCCAUCCAUUGUCCGACAUCGACAUCGCGCCUUCCGCAUCUUCCCUGUUCCCUCCUCCGAACAGGAAGGCACGACAGAAGAGGAGCCGCGACGCUACGUCAUCGUGCGCGUCGCUUCUCGAGGACCCAGGCCAGCAUCGAGUUUCGCCGCAGGCAGCGAGCCAAAUACUCCGAUUGCUGGGCCGAGCACGUUGAACCGCGGAGUCAGUGCGAGUGUUUCAUCGUCCGACCAAUCUUCCGAUGAUUUCAUACCCAGGUACUCUCUUGAGCUGCGUUAG